AUGACCUUAAAACUUUGUGUACUGACCCCUAAUCGAAUUGUUUGGGAUUCAGAAGUGAAAGAAAUCAUUUUAUCUACUAAUAGUGGUCAAAUUGGAAUAUUACCCAAUCACGCCCCUAUUGCCACAGCUGUAGAUAUAGGUAUCUUGAGAAUACGCCUUAACGACCAAUGGGUAACGAUGGCUCUGAUGGGGGGGUUUGCUAGAAUAGGCAAUAAUGAAAUCACUGUUUUGGUCAAUGAUGCAGAAAAGGGUAGUGACAUUGAUUCACUAGAAGCUCAGCAAACUCUUGAAAUAGCAGAAGCUAAUUUUAGAAAAGCUGAAGGAAAGAGACAAACAAUUGAGGCAAAUCUAGCUCUCCGCCGAGCUCGAACACGGGUCGAGGCUAUUAAUGCGAUUUCAUAA